AUGAUCACGGAAGACACCGUUCAUGGAAAUAUGCUGUUGACAACAUUCACAUGUGAAGAAGAAGAAGAAUUUGAAGUAUAUCGAUUGACUGUCGGCGAUAGAGGCGAUUUUGUGUUUUGUCAUAAGGCAUGCCGUCAUCGUCAUAUAUAUUAUUGCAAAGACCCAGCUGUUUGCGGAAGUCUCGCUGGUGGAAGAAAAGAAGGGAUAUUGGAGCACCUUCAGCAAAUAUAA